AUGCUUGAAAGCGAAGAAAUUUUUAUCAGAUUUAUUCGUGAGAACCUUUUAAAUAAUGCUUAUAGGGGCGAUGAUCAGUUACGAAAAAUGGUAAGAGUUAUCAUUUUUUUUUUCUAUUCUUCAAAAAAUGAUCAUUAAUUUUUUUGAUCGCAUCGUUUUGAAACCUUGAAGAAAGCAUAUAUCUUCGAUUUGAAAGUCGUUAAUUGAAAUCGUUCACCUUUUUUUAAGAAGUGAGAAUAAUUCGAACCUACUACAGUUAUUUGAUGUCCUUUCAAAAAAACUUUGGAAAUUUUCAAAGCAGCAUCUGAAGAAGGAGAAAAACUGACUGAAAAACCGAAGCAAAAGGGGAAAAAAAGCACAUAAAACGAGAUAGAUUUCAAAAAAAGAAAAAUUACAACUUUGCGCGUCGAUUAAAUUAAAUUUUGUGCGUCACGGCCUAAACAACCAACUUCACGACGGAAUGUCCGAGUUAAAAUUUAAAAUCAUGAAAUCAGAUUUAAACAAAAAUCUUUCACAUAUAAAAUGUCUCAAUCAUUUCAAGUACUACUUAUGACCCAAAAAAAAAUAAUUUGCGUUAUUAUCAAAAAAAAAACUUUAAGAUGGUCAGCUCUGCAUCAUUUUGGUCUCACUAACCGUCUUUUUCAUACUUUUGGCGUAUUUUGGGACGGCUUUCCUCAUUAAACUCGCAAAGCAAAGGUUGGAAAACGUUUCGAAUUUUCUAAAAGAAAAGUUCAGAUAUGCAAAGUACGUGGAGCAACGAUUGAAAGCCAACGAAGGAGUUAUCGUCGAGAAAUAUGAUUGA